AGGGGUAAUUUUGACGACAGUCCGGCUAAAACCUCGGUCCGCCAUCCCUUUGGUCGCGUCGCCUCGGGUUGGUGAGAGAGGGCCACUCCCGCUAGUAGCAUCUGGAGAGCACUCGGAUGCACGACAAAUCAGACUUGCAACGACGUCUCUAUUUAACCAUGACUGUGAGUAACCUCGCAUAUUGUAGCAGUCGCCUGUACACCAAUAUCGAUCCAGGAAUUGUGUGACGGUGUUACCAAGGUACCUAAGACAAGGAUCAAUUCAUCCGGUAACAAAUUGCGGAAAUGAUCGCAACCACAUUCAACCACAGCUUGCGUGCAUACGCGACAUCUACGUUCAACACAAGUCACAGGAUACACGGUCUCUUGAGUUACAGCCAAUUCUUUGCACUAUGAACUUGGCGUUCGCAUUCGCUCUCCGACAUUUGUAAUCGCAGUGCUUCUGAUCCCUCACCCUGCCGAAAAAAACCAAGUCUCCACCGCACCUAACUGUCAUUCAAUUUGGGUUUACCAUUAUUCCUUCCCCUUACUUGUCGAUGUCUGCGUACAAUUCCCAGAUUGGCAAUUCGCCGAGCCGCAGAACUUCUCACCGGUGCCACAUUUACCCACAUCCAGGCUACAGCAGUCUCCCCACUUGCCCGCACACAGCAAGUUGCCGUGCUGGUAGCCACAGUUGCCAUCAGUCGUGUAGAUGGUGUGUCCGGCGCACUGGCCCUCCCAACAGAUGCCAUUGGAGCAGUCAUUACUGUGUCGGUGUCAGUCUGUAGGAUAUGAGAAGCUGGGGGAGAAAAGGGACAUACUCGGUCUUCCCGCACUUCCAAGUCCCGGCAUUGCAGCACUGGCCAAAAUUCGAUCCGAUACAAGUUGCGUUCUUAUGGCUGGGGCCGCAAAAUCCAUCUGUGGAGCGGAGAGGCUCUAUGACUGUAUUAUCAAACGGAAACAUCAGCAUGGCCGCUUCACUUUCCAACACUAGUCUCGCCAAAGAAACAAUGGUAUCAACUCACACCCAUCAACACAAUACUCUGUAUUAGGCUUGAUUGCCUUGCAGUCAGGAGCCAGCGUUGGAUUCAUCAUCCAGAACUUUUCCAGUGUAAUGCCGUGGUCGUCCGCCAGCUGGCUGCAAGUCCAGUAGCCGACGUUGUCGUAUGUUUGCGUCCAGCUGCGGCAGUUGACAUCGCCAGGCUCAGUGUUUGCUGCGCGCUGGUAGGCAUUCACGGCUGCGCGAAGAGGGGGCGUUGCGGCCAUGGCAGCGGCGCCACCCACCCUCGCGGAGUUCCAUGACCAAGUCCACGCAACGCAAUCGUCUGCGGAGACGGUGUGAAGGAGAGCUAUGAGGAAGACUCCCGUGAGAGCAAGAGGGGAGGAAGAAUGAAGAAAUGUCAUGAUCGCUGUUGAAAGAUAUGGAGCUUGGUGGAGAGUUGAGGGACGAUGCUUGGUGUUGAAUGGAGUUCAAUCCAGUCUGAACUUGGACUCGAGUAUCAUGGAAGGAGUGUUGAAAAUGGAAACAGGUGGUGCUUCAGGAGAUUCAAGAACGUCAUGAAAGUCGAAUGAGCUUAUUGCGAACCUGUGGGGGAUGCAUCAUGGUUGGAAAAUAGCAGUGCCCAUCCGAGUCCCCUGGCAUGAUCUCAACAUCGGACGAACUUUCUCAAUUUUUCAACAUCUUGGCAAGAGUCAAGAAGCCGCUGAUUGAAAAUUGUGGUAAAGACUGGAGGGGUGCCCUUGUCAAGUAAGCAAUAUUCCGUGCUGACCUCCAGUGACUCUCCAUUUCUGAACCGCAUGUCCUUCUUGAACACGAAGGGAUGUUUUCAACUGGCGAGAGUAUAAGGAAGCUUGUUGAAAAUAUAUUAGGGUUAUUCUCACAACAGGCAUCGUCGAAGGUAUACCACAACAGACAACCUUGGCGUAAGCGGCCCUCAACUCGUUUAACCUCAACCUUCUUGAAUCGGAUAUCCGACAACAUUAACCGGAUAUUGCAAUAGAAAGGCUUGACAUCCGCGCCGUGCGCGGGUAAGGCUGAGUACAGGAACCGGCAAGGUUGAUAUGCAGGAGAUUCUCUUCACGACAAGCAUCUUCGAGGCAAACCAAGCCAGAUGACCUAGGCGAAAGCGGAUCUCAACUCGAUCAAGACCACUCUGCUUACACUUGAUAUUCGACAGCAUCAGCCUGUCGUUGCAAUAGAACGGAAUGUCAUCCGCCGUACGCGGUGUGAAUACCGACGGCAUGAGAUACCCAUGAGUCUUUUCGAAGGAAUGCAGGACAUAGCGCGACCCUUGCAGAUCAUGGUAAUAUCUUCAAUAUUUGCGAUUGGGGGUCGAACGUCUUCCCGUUUUUGAGCUUACAGCUUCUCGGCUGAAUUCGAUUUAAUCAGCUGUUGACACCUCAAGCGAGAGUGCAGCACAAAAAGUCAUAAUCAGCAACUUCCGGUUCACAAGCUUGGUGGUCAGAUCUUGAAGUCAAGGCUUGGCUACGCGGGCUGUUCAGAACACCGAGGGUUUGUAAUAUAUUCUUCACUUGUACAAAGGUACAGCUGAUGUGUUUUACCCCUGUUUUUCGCAGGGUUGUGCUCUUUCCCGACCCAAUUCUGCUACCAUAGCGAAAAAAGUUGGGGAUAGCUACCCCAGGGUGUUUGUACUUGUUUAUUGAAUGUAGUACUGCAAUUUUUGUGUAUUCCUGAUAUCUGAGGAGCGAGCUAUACCAUAUUGAAGUUUCGAGUUUUGGAGGACCCAGAUCGACAUGGGGCAAAACAUACUAGCUAUACCUCCGUACAUUCUCUCGUAUCUCAUAUUCUUGGACCUAGUUCUGUAAUAUAUACGCGUUAUAUAUUCAUUCACAUUUCCCAAUUUCCAUUUCUAAAAGUGCAUUUUUUGGUAACACUUUCUUGGUCCAAAUCCAAUUGGCCUUUUCAGUUAGCUACUGUGUUUUUACUUUUGUUGAAGCUUUUCUUGCCUCGAUAAUCGAGGUCUGAAGAUUAGUUUCUUCUUUCCCUCGGUCAGUUACGCCGCAGUUACGUGCAGUAUUCCAACCUUCCAAACUACCCGGGUUCUGCAGUUCUAUUGUGGCAAGCUACAACAUAACAUGUGAAAAAGACAUUGCCAGAUACAUUACAAAGGCAAGACAUCAAGAUUUUCAGUAUCUGCCAUGCGGGAUAUCGAGAUUCAUACUAGAAGCAAUCUAGAUAGCUAUGAAUUCUCUCAGUCUCUGGCUGUUGCCUCUCCUCGGCCUCAUCUCCCUCCUACCACAACAGAAGCAGCCGGCCUUUGCUCACGCACAAUACAUCCAAGCCGUGACAUCGGGAUGGGUCCCGGCGCCCACGGGCGGAAGCAUCAUUCAAGCGAAGCAAUGGCGUCCGACAACGAAUGACCCGCUUCAGCGCGUUAUUGACCUCACGCCAGAGCUGGUGGUGCUCGAGUACAAUUGUUUCUACAUGAGAGAUAUUUGCAAGAACGCCGCAAAUUGGUACGCAACGCCACGGGGUCAGGCCCGGCCUGUGCCAAAUCGGUUUACAUAUGACUUCAUGACGGGAAAAAAAUCGACUGCCCGUAAUCAGCGGCGGCGGUCAGCUUCGUGCGGCACCUGGAAUUCGAAUACAAACUGCCCACACUCGGACCAGAACAUCAUCAUGCGGCAUGACGGCCCAUGGCAGUAUAAGGAUCUGGAACCAGGGACAACCAUUGCCGAGAUCAAGGCGAAAAGAGAUAAUCAGGGUAAUAAGAUACCUAGCUGGGUGCGGUACACAUGCGACGAGUUCCCGCCAGCAACCUGGAUCGAGGGCGGUAACGGGUUCAACUCUCCAGAGGCAUUGGCGGACCCGUCACAGUCGCGGUGUGCCGCUUUUCGAUGUAACGGGCGCUUCUCGCUUUUUGGAUUGCGCAUCAAAGUCAAGGCGGAGCAGAACUGGCAAGCCACAGCUCACAACGUGCUACAACAAACGAUGAAAAGUAUGAUCAAAGCCCGUCCCACCGCGUUCCCGUGGUAUCAAGAUAAAGGAAGCGUCGCAUUCUUCGAGUUCCGCAGAACCCUCGCCACUACCAAUCCUUACCCUGGGGUUGCGGCGACGGUGACGGCGUUUAGUCCCGGAUUGGCGAAUGUGAUCAAGCCGGUCCAGCAGGCCAAGCGAGAAAUCCUGGCGGAGAGGAAUGCGACAUUGAAAGAGGAGCAUUUGAGUUCCGAGGAGCUCUUUGAUCUGAAUCACGAAGCCUUCUGGCGAUGGGCCGACAGGGUAACCGUCGAGGAGCUAAAAGCCAUGGGACCAGGACUUGUGAGCCAGCAGCAUAUUCUUGCCAAUCAUACCGAGGCGGCAGAAAUGAUGAUGCCACAAGUAUCUGGCAUGAAUAACAUGCCGUGGAUGGACUUUGCUACAGCUGGUGAAGAUGCGGACUGGAAUGCCGACGACUACCAUGCUCUACCCGACGUCGUUCCUGAUGUGCCACGUGCCGAUCCAAACAAGCUCAAGCGCGCCUUAGGGAACUCAUCACUUCCAAGCAACACAACCUCCACUCCACGAUUCAGCAAUGCCACCUCAAGUGACCUCGACAAGGCGCGCAAGCUUGUGGAAGAGGCAAUCGCCAAAGCAACACGACUCAACGCCGCACGGUAUGCCAACCCAGCACGUAAUCAGUACAAGCUCAUGCCAGGAACGCUGCUUGAUCGGCGUGAUACGUCGGAUUUUGCCGCGCCAUCGCCGUUGCUUGAUAUCACUGACGAGUUGGCUGAUGCAGCAGCCUUGGUAUCCGAAGCAGAGGUAGUGGGUGGACUGAAAAGUAAUGCGAGUGUUGUGAGGAGGCAGGCUGCAUCGUCAGGCACGUUCUGGAUGGAACAUAUUGCGCGUAUGGGUACGGUAUCAUUUGGGGAUAGUUCUAAUUACACUGUAUUUCGGAACGUGUUAGACUAUGGUGCCAAGGGUGAUAACACACAGGACGAUACCAAGUAUAUCAAGCUGGCUAUGACAGACGGCAAACGAUGCGGCGUGAAGUGUAAUGGCUCGACUCUCAAGAACGCCAUUGUUUACUUCCCUCCCGGCACCUACCGAAUCUCCUCCACCAUCCCCAUGCCAUUCGGCACGCAAGUAAUUGGUGAUGCUAAUAACCCACCUACCCUCGCCGCUACAAGCACAUUCCUCGGGCUCGGUGUCCUCUCAUCUGAUGAGUACACUGGAGGAGGGGUCGGCACCGACGGUCAGGACCAGAGUUACUAUGUCAAUACGGCCAAUUUCUACCGACAAUUACGCAAUAUCAAAAUCGACAUCACAAAGACGAGGGCAUCGCAGGGUGUUGCGGGUUUGCAUUGGCAGGUGGCGCAGGCCACCAGUUUACAAAAUGUCGAGAUUAUCGCAACAUCCGGGACAAAAAUGCGUGGCAUCUUUGCUGAGAAUGGCAGCGGUGGUUCAAUUACUGACGUUACGUUCCGUGGAGGUGGAUUCGGGAUGUAUGCCGGCAGCCAGCAAUUCACAGCGCAGCGCCUGACUUUUAUUGGAUGUGAUACGGGUGUACAGGUGAUUUGGGAUUGGGGUUGGAUUUGGAAGUCCGUUACUAUGACAAACGUUGGAGUGGGUUUCCGCCUGCUGCAGGAAACCACUGCGGCUACAGCUAAGCGGCAGACAUCUGGUGGUAACGGUAAUAUUGCCUCAGUCUCAGUUGUCGACUCAACUUUCAACAAUGUUAACACCGCCGUGCUCAUCGCUCCACGACAAGACAAAGUCGGCUCGGGAAGCACAGGGGUUAUCAUGGACAACGUAGCUGUCUCAGGUGUUUCCAAGGUCGUAGCAGAUACAAGCGGUGCUGUCCUCCUCGCAACCCCGGCUUCGGGUACAGUCAAACAUUGGGCAGUCGGUCCCGCUUACCACAAAGCAGGCCCCGACUUUAGCCUUGGGAGGAAGGCGGACAACAGCUUCCGCCGUGUACCGGAAUUGCUCGAUUCUAAAGGGGCGUAUUUCGAGCGAGCUAGACCACAGUACCAGGACCGACCUGUGGGGGACUUUGUUCAUGCCAAGAACUUCGGCGCGAAAGGGGAUGGGAAAACGGACGAUACAGCGGCCUUGCAGCGGGCGCUUUAUGAAUCCCAGGGCAAGAUCCUGGUUCUUGACGCCGGCUCGUAUAUCUUAACAGGGACAGUGGUUGUGCCUCUUGGGUGCAAGAUAGUUGGCGAGACAUGGUCCCAGCUUAUGGCGUCGGGAUCCUAUUUCCAAGACGCCAUGAAUCCCAAAGUCAUGCUACAGGUCGGACAGAACGGCGACGUGGGAGACAUCGAAAUGCAAGACCUGCUGUUCACCAGCCGUGGCUCUACCCCAGGUCUAAUCCUCGUGCAGUGGAAUGUGCGAGGAGCGAGGGCUGGCUCCGCCAGCAUGUGGGACUGUCAUGCCCGGCUCGGGGGAGCAACCGGCACCCAGCUCACUCCACAAGAAUGCCCGGCACUGACCACGGGUACUGGGUCGGUCGGAUGCCAUGCAGCCAGCCUGAUGAUGCAUAUUACGCCUUUGGCAUCGGGAUAUUUCGAGAACGUGUGGUUAUGGGGUUCCGAUCACAUGAUUGACGAUCCAGAUCUGGUCGAUGCCAAUAACACCAUGGUACAGAACUCCAUUUAUGUGGCGCGAGGAUUCCUGAUUGAGAGUGUUCGCCCAACAUGGCUGUACGGAACAGCGUCAGAACACGCUGUGUUCUACCAGUACAACUUCAACAAAGCCCAGAAUGUCUUUGCGGGCAUGAUCCAGACCGAAUCUCCAUACUUCCAGCCGACACCAAAGCCGCCGGCACCAUUUACAGAAACGGUGGGUGUGUUUCCCAGCGAUCCCUCUUAUGCCAAUUGCACCGCUGGCAAGCAGGAUGAGUUGGGAGGGUGUGAUGAGUCGUGGGCCGUCAUUAUGCGCGGCUGCGCCAAUGUUAUGAUUGCCGGCGCUGGGCUGUACAGCUGGUUCUCGACAUACGCACAAGACUGCAUCGACGUGCACGCGUGCCAAAAGGUGCUGAUGCUCCUGGACGACAACCAUUCCGGGGUGCGUAUCCAGCAGCUGAUUACCAUUGGUGCGAAGUAUAUGGCCGUGAUGAAUGGCAAGGCAAUUUCGGCGCUGGAUUAUCUCAACGUCAAGACGCAUCCGAGUUGGUCGCAGAUGUCGUUGAUGGAUAUUGACUCCGAUGGAGCGCUAGCCGAGAUGUUUUAUUUGCACCCCAAAAUUUGGGAAAUGGACAAUCCAGGAUUUACUUGCGCUCCACCUUGUCGAGUCGUCAUCCCGCCCUGGACAGGUGCAACUCGGACUGUCAACUACCCUCUCGUCAGCGUCACUGACGGCACCUGGUCCACCACCAUUACUCAAAGACCUCUCACCAUGACCAAUAUGUUCUUCGAACCCGUCACCUACACCAUUCCCUCCGAUGGGAACCUAAAGAAGCGCGCCGGCGAAACCUCCGCUUUCUGGCCCAAACCCGUCAAGCUUGAUCACUGGCCCGGCGUCACCUACACCAAUAAAGACGGCAACGUCCUUACCGCCACUCCCACUGCCCCCUUCCCUGAUCCUCCUAUCACAAUCGGCCCCAAUGCAGCCGCCCCAACUGCAGGAGGCAGCUGGCCAAAGCGUGAAAUCACCCUGACUGUUGGUAUUCUAGACGACCCGGAGAUCCAGGAUGCUAUAUGGAAGGAAUGUGCUACGAAACAAAACGGGAGUCUCGACUGCCCACCAUGGCUGAAUGAUCUCAUAUACGGGCAUGGUAGCUCAGGGGGAGGAGGAGCGGGUGGUGCGAACGAUCCUCCCGUGCCGGACAAUGAUGACGAUACAGAUGAGGACUAUGGGGACCUCGACACCUUCUGUCCAUUUGAGUGUGACGGUAGCCAUCGCCCAUAUAUUAACCCUCAAGCGAUAUGUCCGCGCGAUGAACCGUCAACCACCUCCACCUCCACUUCCACCACCACCACGAAACCUGCCCCAACGCCAACGCUAGCUGUUGGAGAUCCCAUGACCAAUACGCGCGAAUGCUACAACAGCGGCCAAAAAGCAGUCAAUGCGCAAAUGGCUAACACGGCGCGCAGUGCGUGUAGAGAGAUGGGCAAGGAGGGGACUGAGCUGAAGGCUGAAAAGGGCAGUGGGGGGUUGGUGGCGUUAUCGCGAAACUACGAACUGCCUGGGAAUGGCGGGUGGGCGAUCCAUAUCCAGGCCGAAUUCAACAUCAAGGAGGGGUGCAAGUUCGUUAUCAACGAGGCGCAGUGCCUGCGAUAUUUCAAGACCGUGAUUGAUAGUUGUAACUGCGAAGGAGCGGAUGGCAAGCAGGGUGGGCGGAUGAGCAAUAACUGUUAUGCUCUGAGAUUGGACCCUAACACGUUUGGAUAAAUCAGGGCAGAGAAUGAUGAAGAAGAGGAGGGGGUUAAACCAAAACCCUAGAUUGAGGUUAGUAGUUCAAUAGCAGGCGUUUAAGAAAUAUAAGACUUGGUCAGUUUCAUAUGAACAUGGUGCUACGAAGAAUAUUUACACCAUAACAGAUGCACGGAACUUAAUCUAGCCACGCACUUACUAUAUCGAUUGACAGAAUUGUCGUCCUUAUACGAUACAAAAUAUUUCUUGCCCAAUUGUUUCGAUUAUGGCACAUCAAGCCUGAUCCCAUCCAAUGUUGAGUCGAGGCGGCCAUAGGCUAAAUACACCUC